AGUCUUUUAUUUAUUUAUCGGUGCUGUCAUUGAUAGGUGAUUUGAUUGAUCUUAAAGGUUAAAAACUUCUACUUCUGAAUCUUUAGCGUUUAAUUCCACGUGAAUUAAAAUUUUGACUGGUGUAACUGCAGUGAUGUCUAGGAUAUGAUUUGGAUUAAUAUAAAAAUCCCGGCGGUGAGGGACCAGGGGCCCGCGCCGGACUGCCCGCUGGCGAUGGAAGAGGACGAGGACGACGUCUUCGAGGACACGGUCUCGCUGCCGCGGAGGAGCUACAUGAGCCUGUCGCAGGUGACGGUGUACCACAGCGCCGAGGACCUGAGCGGCGAGGAUAGGGCCCCAGUCACCGAGGACACCGCCCUGGUGCAGAUGGAGGAGCCGGUCGAGCAGGUGCCCAUGAACGACAUGCGCAAGCCGAGCGUCACCUUCUACGAUGAGCAGGAGAGCAACCGGUCGGUGGACUUUGUACUGGUGUGGCGGGAGCCGACCGCGAGCCAGGCCGCCAGCCCGUCCGCGAGCGUCGCUGCCAAGAAGAGACAGCUGUUCGAGAGCAACCUGGAGCACGAGGGGCUGAUCCUGGACAGGGAGAAGAACAAGCAGCUGCACUUCGUGAAGAUCCACGCCGACAAGGAGGUGCUGUGCCGGUACGCCGAGAUCCUCAAGCUGCGGCUGCCCAUGAAAGACUUUCCAGGUCAGGAGGAAAUGCCACCGUCGUUCGACAUCAUGGAUGAGGUGAAGUCAGUCAUGCGACGCCUGCUGGACUUCGUGCACGUCGACCCCAAAGUGUUCAAGCCGACGCCUCGCAAGCUGACGGCGGAGUUCAGCCGGGACAAGAGCUACUUGUUCGACAUGGAGUCUGAAAAAUUUUUUACACCUGCCAUUCGCUCGCUUGUGGUAGAUUUCAUCCUUCAGAGGCAGAGGUUUGAUGAAAACGAGAACUCCCUCUAUGGUUUUGGGAUACAGCGCUUGAUCACGGAAGAUGUUUAUUCUGCUGCGUACCCUUUGCAUGACGGGGACCUACGGACCCCAGGUUCGAUGCGGUAUCUCCUGUAUCACGAGUGGGCCUCAGUGCGUAAGUGGAUCAUGUACCAGCCUGUGGACCACAUCAAGGACUACUUCGGCGUUAAGUUUGGGCUGUACUUUGCAUGGCUGGGCUUCUAUACUCACAUGCUUAUUCCAGCUGCCAUUUUUGGCUUGAUAUGCUUCUUGUAUGGCGUUAGCACACUCUUCACCAACAGAUUGAGUGAAGAUAUCUGCAGCACGAAGGAAGACAUCAUGAUGUGUCCGCUGUGCGACAAGACGUGUGGUUACUGGAACCUGCGUGAGACGUGCCUCUAUGCUCGCAUCACUUACCUGUUUGACAAUCCUUUCACUGUCGCAUUUGCUUUCUUCAUGUCUUUUUGGGGCACGCUGUUCCUGGAGCUGUGGAAGCGGUACUCGGCCAGCAUCACGCACCACUGGGGGCUGACGGGCUUCGACCUGAUGGCGGAGCACCCCCGCCCCGAGUACCUGGCCCGCCUCGCCAACGUCAAGUCCACCAAGCUGAACGUCGUGACGGGCCUGGAGGAGCCGUAUGUGCCCUUCUGGAAGGUGCGGGUUCCCGCCACGGUGCUCAGCUUCUCCGUCGUCCUUCUGCUGAUGUUGGUAGCGGUGGCUGCUGUGUUUGGUGUGGUGCUGUAUCGCAUGGCACAGGUGGCAGCGUUCUCUCUCGCCAAUGUAGAUGACUACAACAUCAUGAUUUUGUACAUACCGAUCACCGCUGCACUUAUCAACUUGGUCUGCAUCACCCUACUGAACUAUUUGUACGACUGGCUGGCUGUUCGACUGACGGAGCUAGAGCUGCUGAGGACUCAGACGGAGUUCGACGACAGUUUGACGCUCAAGAUCUACCUGUUCCAGUUCGUCAACUACUACACCUCCAUCUUCUACAUUGCGUUCAUGAAGGGCAAGUUUGUCGGUUACCCUUCCAAGUACAACCGCAUCUUAAAAUACAGGCAAGAAGAGUGCAGUCCGGGAGGAUGCCUCAUGGAGCUGUGCAUCCAGCUGGGGAUCAUCAUGGUGGGCAAGCAGGCUCUCAACAGCAUCCUGGAGAUGGUCAUCCCGUACGUCAUGAAGUGGUGGAACACGUUCAAGAUCAAGACGGGACUCCAAGAGAAGGAAGAAGACUUCCACGGCUGCAGCCAGUGGACGGAGGACUUCAAGCUGGUCGACUGGGGCCCACGGGGCCUGUUCCCGGAGUACCUUGAGAUGGUGCUGCAGUAUGGGUUUGUGACCAUAUUCGUGGCCGCCUUCCCGUUGGCGCCGUUCUUUGCCCUGGUGAACAACAUCUUCGAGAUGCGACUUGAUGCCAAGAAGUUUCUGAGGUUCUACCGCCGACCGGUACCUCACAGGGUGAAGAGCAUCGGCGUGUGGUACCGCAUUCUGGACGUCAUCAGCAGGGUAUCCGUCAUCACCAACGCACUCAUCAUAGCGUUCUCUUCCAACUUCAUCCCCUUGAUUGUGUACGCGUCGAAGGUCAACCCGGAUCACACUGACGAAGGGUUCCUGAACUUCUCCCUGUCCUACUUCAACACGGCGGACUUCAGCCCAAAAUAUGCGCCGCUUGAAGGAUACGCCAAGUACAAUGUGUCUGUGUGCAGGUACUUAGAGUACAGGAACCCGUACUGGGAUGACCACAAGUACAAGCGGCCUCCCAUCUACUGGCACAUCCUGGCUGCAAGGCUCGCCUUCGUGGUGGUGUUCCAGAACGUGGUGGGCCUGGUGAUGAUGGCCGUGCAGUGGCUGAUCCCGGACCAGAGCCGCAGGCUGCGCGACGAGAUCCGGCGCGAGGCCUACCUCACCAGCGAGCUCAUCAUCAAGCAGGAGACCCUGCGCGCGCGGGGCGAGGCCGCGGCCCCCGGCGCCUCCACCGGCGACUUCCUGCGCGAGGAGAAGGACAGGGUGCGGCGGUCCGCGUCGGUCGGCAACCACGUGCGCUUCCGCAGCCACGACACGGGGGACGCCACCGCCGUAUGACCGCGCGGCCGGUACGAGGCUCUGUGAGUCCCACGCGCUCUUACACCCUGCUGUGCUUUGAGAACAGACCCUUCUCUUGUUUUCAAAUCUGCAGUUCUGUGGGUUCUACUACACCGUGUUGCUAUUUUAGUUUGAGUGAGUCGAGAUAGUGUAGAAAUGGUUUUUCGACUCAACUCCCCAACCACUUUUUACUAACAAUUUUUUUUUAAAGUUUAAAACAGUGUUCUUCCUGCUAAGAAUCUCUGGUAUGAAUUCAAUCUGAUUCAGUGGUUUGAGUCGUGGGAUCUGCUAAAGUAGUGUGAACAUUUUUUUUUUCCCCGUAUUUUGUAUGAUAUUUGUACUUAUAAUGAUAGUUAUGAAACAAGGUUUUGCUGUGUAUGUGGAAUAACUCUCAUGGUUAUUUAUGUUCAGUCAUGUUUUAGUUACUUUCUCAUUUCAGUUUCCAUGCUGAGUGGGACUUUUAACCAGUGUCUGCAUAUUAAAGAGUUUUAGCUUAGCAGUCAUGAAAUAUGUUGGCAGUCAGUGUUUCACUUUAUACUAAAAAAAAUCUGCUUAUGAAAGUAUUGUAUUGAAACAAUUUUAUCUAUGUAAA